AAAAAUAAAAGAGCAAUCAGCGAUGUUCGAUAGCGAUUAUCAAAAAGGAAAGGUAAUUUUAAUAUUGACAAUAGUAUUGUUUCUCUAUUAUACCAUUUGGACGAUUGGUCUGCCGUUUACCGAUGACGACAGAUUAAGAUUUUUCUUUUAUUCCCACGAUUUGGCCUUAAUAGUUCCCGCAAGUUUCGGUCUAAUUUUUAUUGGCGGUUUAAUACUUUUCACCUUAUAUCACGUGAAACCGUAUUUAUUUCUAAAUAAAACAGAUAAAGUAGAGUAAUAAUUGAAUAACAA